CACUUCGUACGCCGUGAGUAGUCUCGCGCUUUCGCCGCGUCUCGCCGAUACACUUUUCACGGGGGCCGCAUCUCGCGAAAAGUCGAACGAUGUGAGUGCAGUGCAGCGCGGUGCAGUGAGGGUGAAAGGAACGUUAAGUCGGCGAGGGGACGGGAUCUACGGGGAGUUAACGUCGACGACGGAGUCGAACGGAGAACGAACGGAGAACGCGGCGGCCGUCCGUCCUCGAUCGAGCUGGAAGCAGGGAUGACAUCGCAGCCGCGACGAGCAAGAACAAGCGAUUACGCACGCGAAUAUAUGAUAAAGAACUGAACGACUUGCUGUUUCUAACGAGAAUCCGAAAUCCACUCGUGACUGAUCGAUAAACUCCUCAUCUGGAUCGAGAGAAUUUCGUUUCUUGAGACGUAAAGCUCGAUCAGUGGCUGUCAAGAAGCCAGAAUAUUUCUGGGCCGCGUGUGUGUAUCGAAGUCCUCUUCUUUUCUAUGACCGUGACUGGCUCUUCCAUCGUCGUUCAAAGGCGCCGGUGAUGUUGUACGUACACGAAGAGACGCGGUGAGAGAUCGUCUCCUUCGCGGUGACACACUGUCUCCUUCGUGAGAAGGAGGAAGAUCGCGGCCUCUGAAAAGUUAUGGCCAGGGUCGCGCGAACGGUGCUGAAAGACAUCGGGACGGAGCUCAACGGACGAUAGCGCGCGACGGGGGCGAGGCGCGGACGGUGACGCGUGCUCGAAUGAUCGAAAGCGCGAAGUCGCAAUCCUCGUGGUCGAGAUGCCAAGUUUCUAGCUGGUGCUCAUUUAUCCGCGUCGCGGGCAUAACGGAUUCAUUGACGCCGCGGGUAUAAACAACGCGAUCGAACAUUAAUCCUGAGAGAGAAAGAGCCGUAAAUCAAUCCUUGUUCCGCGGCGAUCGGCCACGGGACGUCAGAGAGAACCUUUCAGCGUCUGGAGCCGAUCAUCUCCCGAUCCGCGAGCUCGUCGAAGUCACACGAAGCCGUAGAACUCCCAGGCGCGUGAUAUUGACUCGAAUGAGAGAUUGAGACCACCCAAAAUAUCGAAGUCUCAAUAAACAGAUCACGUUCGAUCAUUCACAUCCGGGUCGUCGCUCCGGACCUCGACUUCGAAGUCGCGAGGCGCCAGUCGGGGAUUCCACACGAAUCUAGCCUCAAAUGGUCAUCAUCUCAAACCUGAAACUGGAAAAUCAACAAGACUUGAACUGCUAAAAAUUUGAAGAAAGAUUUCGACGUGUUGAUAUCCAAUUACAAUCAAUUAACUGCCAAUCGUGAUUAACAUUAGUUCAAGUAACCUACAACUAUCUCUAAGAGAAAGAAGAAGAAUCGUGAUCGACUUUGAGGCGAACGACGCGAUCCCGUCGAAGGGAGAAGCACGGGCGAAUCCAUCGCGAAUGCGCGGAUGAUCAUUUCAGCACGGGACAAUGUCCUUCUGCAGGAUCACAGGUAGGAGCCGGGGCCUGCCCAAGCCGAACUACUUCCCGCUGUUGCCGCCCAUAAGUCCAGCGGACGCGAAGCGAUUUUGCCGCAUUACCGGCAAGUCCUACGGCUUGCCGACUCAUCACUACAUUCCGGUGUUGUUGGGCGUGCACGCGCAGGACAAGUCGAAAUGCAAGAUCACGAACGCCUCGGGUCUCGGGCCACAUCACUACACCGCGGGCCUGAUCGUCGGCGAAAAGAAGAAGCACGUGGUGCUGAAGGACUAUCGUUAUGUCUUCCCGAUCUUGGAAGGCGAGGGCGAGCAGCAGCAAGUGUUACGCGAACUCCUCAACACGAAGCAGACUCCGGUUGAAGAGGAGCGGUCCAAGUUUGUUUACACGGUGGAGGAACGAAGAUGCAGUCUCGUAUUUCCGGCAAAGCUGGAGGCCGCCGUUAGGGACGGAGACGUGAAGGACGUGAUGUUGUCGCGCGACUGCGACACCGUCCUGCUGAGGCUCAAGCAGGGUAAGAAUGUGUCCGUGGAUUUCAAGAAUCUGGAGGAUUUCGAGAACCUCUACGACGGUCUAGGGCCACGCGAAGAAGUGCUGAAGGAACGAGAGAGACAGGAGGCUGAGGCUAAAAAGAGAAAGAGGAAGAAGCAGACCGCAUUGAAUUACGCAAAGCGGAUUUUUGAGGAAAAGGAACGCGUGGCCGAUGAAGAAGAGCUCCGGCGUGCUAAGCAGCUCAAGCUAAGAAGUGUCAAGGAGGAGAUGAAUGAGGAAAUGACGGAAGAUUGGAAGCACGUGGACAUGAAGCAGGCGAGACUGAGGUCAUCCGACAUUGUGAACAUCUCGGACACGCUCAAGGAAAAGCCUGUCUCCAGCGUGUUGAACUGGAACUCGUUCCAGCACAAUGGGAACAAACCAGCGGGAGUGCCGAUGAUUGAAAAAAUGCCGGUUCCGAUGAGAGUCGUGCCGCAGGUCAUCCACCAGGAAUCGGCGGUUCUGUACAGUUCUGUGUGCGAGUCCGUGGGAGGUUUCGAGGCGAUCGCGAUCGCGAAACAGUUGACGCCUCUGAUCGCGCAGCCAAAUGUGACGUUGCAGACUGUUCUUCGAGAUGUCCCCGUGGAUGAUCUCCGGGAGACCGCGAACGUAAGCGAGAAGCUGCUGCAAGCUGGGGAACAGGUGAUGGAGUGUCUUCCGCGAAUAGAGGAGGUUCCCGAGCUGGUGAAGAAUCUACCGGCUGGCAAGAAGACUACGCUGCACAACAUCAAGGGUCUCAAGUUGGAUAUCAAGUCUGCGGAGAGAUUCGUCGCGGGGCAGACGGUGCACACGCCAUCCGGAGCGAUAUUUGUGCCUGGGCAGACCUUGCAGACGCCUCAAGGACCAGCUUUCGUGCCAGGACUUACUUUGAACACACCAAACGGACCUCUUCUGGUACCUGGGCAGAUCGUGACCGUAAAUGAAAUAGACGGCGCGAAGACGCCGGUGUUUGUCGCCGGGCAGACCCUCAUGACGGAGCAGGGCGAACGUUUCGUUCAAGGUCAAACGUUUCACUCACAUGACGGCAGCAAAUUUGUCGAAGGUCAGACGGUAUUAACCGAGGAGGGUCCGAAAUUCGUGGCUGGUCGAGUAACGGCAAACGGGACCUUCGUCGUAGGCCAGACUGUAGCUACACCAGAUGGACUGCGCUUCAUGGCAGGUCAGACUAUUACGGAUUAUUGUGGUGCGCAAGUUUUCGUACCAGGGCAGAACGUACGGAUGCAGAACGGCGAAUACGAGUUUGUGCCUGGUCAAUGCGUUGAGUCGCCAAGCGGCGAGCCUAAGUUCGUUCCUGGACAGAUUGUCGCAACCUCCGAAGGUCUGCAGUUCGUUCCGGGUCAGUACGUAAACACAGAGUCGGGUGAGAAGCAUUUCGUGGCUGGAGUCACCGUGGAAACGGAAGACACUGCAACCUUCGUGCCGGGGAUGACAUUGGACACGCCGAAGGGUCAGAAAUUCGUCGAAGGUCAAGUGCUGAAAACUCCAGAAGGUGUACUCUUCUGCCCAGGGCGCACCAUCAUUACCGAGAAAGGCUUUGAGUUUGUUGCUGCGAGCAAAUUUGAUGACGUGCUCUUUCGAGACGUCGGUACUGUUGGCAUUGCGGUGGACCCAAAAUCCGCGAGCGUCGUGACCGCUUUGCAGCAGCAGGAGAUCUACGGCCAUAUGGUGCAGACCGAGAAAGGCAUCGAGUUCUUCCCAGAGAGCGUGAAGAAUCUACCAGAAGGCAGGAGAAUUGUGCCCGGCCAAUUGGUCAGCGGUGGUCAGGACGGUCCACGUUUCGUGCCGGGUGUAAUGACAGAGGACGGCUUUCUGCCGGGACAGAUAGUGAUGACGGAGAAAGGGGAAGAGUUCGUGCCCGGCCAGGUAAUCGACACCAGCAGCGGGCCGAAGUUCGUACCUGGACAAAUUGUGGAGACCAGGUCGGGGAGCAAAUUUGUGCCAGGUCAGACGAUUGACACGGCUGAUGGACCACGUUUUGUGCCGGGCCAGAUCGUGGAGACCAAAGUAGGACCGACGUUCAUCCCGGGUCAAGUGAUCUACACCGAGGAAGAGGGCUCCAGAUUCGUGCCCGGCCAAGUGGUGGACACCUCGGACGGUCCUCGGUUCGUACCCGGCCGCGUGGUAGAAGCUGGCGAAAUGGGUGUGACCUUUGUGCCGGGUCAGAUCGUGCAGACCGAGGAGGGGCCCUGCUUCGUUGCGCCUGACCUUAUUGAUACACCUGAGGGUGAACUGGAGUUCUCCGUACAAGGUUUCGAAGUCACGCCGGAGGAGCUGCAGCUGCUGCGGCCGCAACACCUGCACUAUAAUCCUCGCUUUCGUCAUCGCGGUGAGACCAGCGUGGACGCCAAGAUGUUGCGCGAGCUGUCAGAAGCGGGAUUACCUGUCGGGCGGAAAGUCGCCACGAAUCUGCCGGCGGUGGAUAUGGACGUGGAUCCGAAGGCGGUAGCCUUGGAGCAGGCUCUCGCGAUGGCGACCAAGCUGGGAUUGCACGGCAACACAGCCGUGAAAAUGGCGCAAGUCAUGUCCACGGUUGCACAGCUGGCAAAAAACAUAGUUCUGCAACAGCAACAACAAGAUCCCAAUCGUGCGGACACAACGAUGUUGACCAACGGUAUCCAGACGACGGCUGUGGGAAAAGACGAAAGUAACCAUGCGAACGACGACGACAACGUUGAGUCUCUUCGGGCCUCUAUAAGAGCAGCGAUCGUAGCCGCUGUUCUUACUAUAUCUACAAACGAUCAGCAGACAACGAUGGACAACACCAACGAGUCACAGGACUUCGUUUAUUCGUCCAUCAGCGGAUCCUUCGACGCGUUACUGCAUCAAGAUGAUCGUGACGUCGAUCAAUCUGUGGACGAGGUCCUGAGGAUUUUGCUGAUCUCACAGAAUCGCAGUUCCCUCUGCCAAAGCGCACUGUCGGAAUUAUUAGAGACUAAGAACAGCAAGGUGGAUAUAUUGAAAUCCACAGUGACCAGCCAGUCCUUGCAGAAGGACACCGUUCUCGACAAACUGUCGAUGAUUCUCGAAGAGGAGCACAGCACCAACUUGAUCGGUCCGGCUUUCCGCACUGUCUCGAAGAACGAUCCUGAGCUGGUAUCACUCGUCUUAGAGAAUGUGUCGCAACACGUGGCGGACGUGGUGACCGAGAAAGAAGCCGCGGAGACGGUUUACAAGGCGAUUGUCCAAGCAGUCCGUAAAUCCAGCGAGAUUCGCGUGAAGGAACUGUUGAAUACUCAAGGACAAGACGUGCGAGAGAUGCUUCUUCAAGCCGUGGGCUUGGCCAGAGCCUUGGGGAUGUCCGAGAUCGCGAGCAGCCUGCUAGCUGUGAUCAGCGACGAGAGAUCCACUCAGGCACUGGCGAACGAUCGGGUGACUAUGGACGUGCUCAAGAGACUGACAAUUAUGCGGAAAUUGGCUGAGGAACGGCCACCUUUCGUGAACGCACUCGGUCAGUUGUGCAGUGAUCCUGAGUUAGCCAGAACCGAUCCUCGACUACGGACUCUUGUGAGAGAGAGCGCCGCGCUCAUGAUAGUACCCGAAGAAAGGCCUUUGUUGUCCUCAGCUGAUGUGCCGACGGCGUUGCUGCAUGCCAACAAUAGCCUGGCGAUGGAAGAAUUCCUACUGAAGAGAAACCACAAGCCCUCGUCGAUCUUUAUGAUCCUCAAGCAAGGUCUGCAGGCGGUUGUGCCCAGAGAAGCCUCCAGGUCAGUGUUGACCGGUCAGGUCGCGUACACUGUCCUUGAUGAGGACGGUAUACAUCACUUCGAGCCGCUGCACGUGUUCUCGGCAUUAAGACUCAAUCAGCCGACCGCUCACCGCUUCUCCAUGUAUUGCUGUCCAGUGGCGAAGGAAGUGGACAUUGAUGGCGAGCUAAUGUCUGGUACCUUCACUGCUACGACUUCGAUCGCCAGCAGCUUAGAUGGCUCCGCCAACGGCAGCUUGAACAAGCAGGAAAGCAACGGCACGACAUUAUCAAAGUCCGAACAGUCGACCGUUUGCUCCACCAGUGAAGAGAACACGCCGAACCUGAAGCGAUUGAACGUCGCUCAGCUGAAUGGAGCUCUCGAGCGGGGAUCCUCGGAGAAUUACGUCGUCGUGAAGGACUACGUGGCGGACACCGAUGGAUUUACCGUGAGCGUCGGCGACAUCGUCGAGGCCAUCGAGCAUGACGGCUCCGCGAAGAAAGCGAGGAUGGAUCCCGAUCUGGAGGUCGAGGUCGGCGAUACCCUGGACAAUUCGGCCGCCAAGCACAAACUUGCGAUUCGGCCACGUCGCAAUUACGCGGACCCGCGUGCUCGAGGCGGCCCGGGCGCCGACUCGGACUCCUCGAGCCUGCAGAGGGUAUACGUUCGUACAUCCAACGGCAAGCAAGGCUGGUUGCCUCUGUCAAUUUUAAUGCAAACGGCACUCAGUGAAGAAAGUUCUUUUGUGUCUCAACGGCCGGAGGAUUCUCAUUAUCGACGAGAAGCUGUUGUAAAGGAGUUAAUCGAGACAGAGGAGGAAUUCGGCAGGGAUCUUCAAUUGGUGGUCGAACGUUACUUGAAGCCCCUCGAUAAUGCAGGCGUCCCGCGUGCCGUGCGAGACAACAAAGAAAUUAUUUUCACUAAUCUGAAACAAAUAGCUGACUUUCACAACACGGUGUUGAUCGAGGGCGUCAAGUACUAUGCGGAUCAACCACGUAUGCUCGGCAAAACUUUCUUGAGACUGGAGAGAGAUUUUGACAAGCACGUGGCGUACUGCAGAGACGAACCCGCCGCUCAAGAAUUUCUGCAGACGAACAACGAAGUGCGCGAAUACUUUGAGGAGUUGAGCCAGACUCUGGGCGACGACAAGAGCAUAUCCGAACACUUGAAACUCCCGAUACAACGCAUAAACGACUACCAGCUCCUUCUGAAGGAGCUGGUGAAAUAUUCGACCCGAUUAGGCGAAAACUGCGACGAUCUGCAAAAGGCGCUAGAGUUGAUGCUAGGAAUCCCUCACAGGGCAACCGACAAUAAGUUCAUAAGUAAUAUCGAGGGUUACAAAGGGAACAUUCACAAACUUGGUAGAUUGCUCACGCACGAAUGGUAUACAGUUAUCGAUAAAGAGGGAAGAAGUAAGGAGAGAUACUUGUUCUUGUUCAAAGCGCGAAUCCUCGUCUGCAAGGUCAGGCGGAUAUCGGAAGACAGGUCGGUUUUCGUCCUAAAGGAUAUUAUUCGACUACCAGAAGUAGAAGUAAAAGACCACCUGAAGGACAUACGAUCCUUCGAGCUACACAAUCCAACUGUUCCCAAUUAUCCUAUCACUUUAGUGGCUCACAAGGACCCCGUGAAAGGCUACUGGCUCAAAGAGAUCCGCGAAUACGCCAGUGACUUGGUCGCUCUUGCUGAGCACGCCGCGGACGACCUUCAGGUAACCGAAGUGCCGGAAACCAAGGAGGAAUCGAAGAGCGACGAGAAACCAGUGCCGGUACCAGUGAAGGUCGAACCGCCGCCACAGGCGAAUCCGAAAUCACCCGAAGUACAGGUUACCCCGGUUCAGAAGGAAGUCAAUCCAUCGAAAGCGCCGAAAGCGACCGUCAAUCCGAAGCCAGCGGAAGAGGCGAAGGCGAAACCAAGUGCUCCGUCGAAAGCAGUAGAUUCGGCGAAGGACUCCGCGAAGGUUGUAGAGAAGAGGAAGGAGAGUGACGCGAAGAGAAGCGUGGAUAAGGCGGCUGACACAUCGGAAGUGAAGAAGACCAAGGUCGAGGAAGCAGCGGAAGAGGCGAAGGCGAAACCAAGUGUUCCGUCGAAAGCAGUAGAUUCAGCGAAGGACUCCGCGAAGGUUAUAGAAAAGAGGAAGGAGAGUGACGCAAAGAGGAGCGUGGAUAAGGCGGCUGACAUAUCGGAAGCGAAGAAGACCAAGGUCGAGGAAGCAGCGGAAGAGGCGAAGGCGAAACCAAGUGUUCCGUCGAAAGCAGUAGAUUCAGCGAAGGACUCCGCGAAGGUUAUAGAAAAGAGGAAGGAGAGUGACGCAAAGAGGAGCGUGGAUAAGGCGGCUGACAUAUCGGAAGCGAAGAAGACCAAGGUCGAGGAAGCAGCGGAAGAGGCGAAGGCGAAACCAAGUGUUCCGUCGAAAGCAGUAGAUUCGGCGAAGGACUCCGCGAAGGUUGUGGAGAAGAAGAAGGAGAGUGACGCGAAGAGGAGCGUGGAUAAGGCGGCUGACACAUCAGAAGCGAAGAAGACCAAGGUCGAGGAAGCAGACAUGUCUCGAAGAUACUCCGCGAGUCGGUAUAGCGCCUCUUCGAAAGUCGUGGAAGAGUACUCGUCGGUAUCGAGCAGUCGUAAUGGCGUGUCAUCAUACAUGGAAUCAGCAACGUCCGCUAUGGAGACGAAGACAUCUUCCUCGAUGCAGGGCUUGGAUCAAAAGUCAGAAAGCAUAACUUCCUAUGAGACUGCGAUCACCGGCGGAACAGCGGAAUCCAACGUCGAAAGUCAUACGGCCAAAGUUGCUCUCACCAGCGACGCUGGCAAACCCGUGUUUGUCAAAACGAUAGAGGGACGCAGUGUAGAACCGACGCGACCAAAAACGGCAUUGAUACACGCCAUAGCCGGAGAAGUUGCCAUCUUCGAGUGCACGAUGUUAAUGACCGACCCGACCACCAGGAUGCAAUGGCUGAAGGACAACAAGCCGAUGGAGGACAAGCUGGCUGAUCGCGUAGUCACCACAAUGUCCGACAAUAUUUGCAAGCUCGAGAUCCAGAAUGUGCACGAGUCGGAUUCCGGGAUAUACAUCGCGCGAGCUCUGAACGCAAACGGCGAAGCAACCUGCACUGCACAGCUGAUAGUCCAACAACCGAGUCCAGAGGAAAAGAAAGCAAGAGCAGACGCAAACGCGCCUGUCUUCUUAGUGCGUUUGAAGGAUACCGAGCUUCUAGAGAAUACUUAUCUGCGUUUCAUGAUCAAGGUCAAGGGAAAUCCCAAUCCGGAAAUGAAGUUUUUCAAAGAUGGCACUUUGAUUGAUGUGAAGCACGAACGCGUGAAGAUCAUACGGGACAAUGCCGAAAAGGGAUUCUACGAGCUAGUGAUCGCUGACGUUCAGAAGCAGGACGCUGGCAAAUAUUCGUGCACAGCCAUGAAUCGCUACGGCGAGGCAACGUGCGAAGCGCAGGUGACUGUGACGGACGAGAAGCCACUCUUCGCUGGGCUUCCAGAAGGUCUUCUUGAGCUUGGAACCGAACCGCAUUUUACUUGGUUACGCGAUGGCCAGCCGUUCAAUCCUGAGGAGAGAUUUAAAGUUCUCUUUAAAGAUAACGAAGAUACUCUGGCGUUGGUGUUCCAGCACGUGAAGCCCGAGGAUGCUGGUCUUUAUACGUGCGUAGCACAAACCAGCACAGGUAACAUCAGCUGUAGUGCGGAAUUAACGGUGCAGGGUGCCGUGAAUCAGUUGCUAAAAGAUCCAGAGAAGCCGAAGCUACAAACGGAAUCGAAACAGUCGGAAGUGAGCAUCGGUGGGUCCGCAAUGCUGGACCUGCAAGUGAAGGGUUAUCCGAAGCCGGAUAUUAAGUGGACAAAGGACGGUCAAGAGAUCGUGGCUGGUGGCAGAAUCAAAUACCUCUGGGAAGAUGAAGAGUCGCUCUCUUUGGUAAUUAAGCAGGUCACUGCCAAAGACGCCGGCGUUUACACCAUCACGGCCAAGAACGAACUGGGCCAAGACAGCACGCAGAUCGAACUGAUCGUCAAGUCCGCGCCUAAGAUCACGCAGAAGCAAUCCGACAUGAUGAUUCUCAUCGAGGACACCGACACGAUGACUGUAAAGGUGGAAGCCACUCCACCACCGGAGGUUACAUGGUACAAGGAUGGUCAGCAGAUUUCAGAGAGCGACCGUAUAAAGAUCAGCAAGGAGGGCAGCGACACGUACAAGUUAGUGAUCAAGAAAGCGAAGGUGACCGACGCGGGCUCGUAUUCGAUCGUCGCGCGUAACGAGGUCAAUCAGACGACCGAGAUCUGGAAUGUUGGCAUCAAAUGCCCACCGAAGAUCAAGAAGAAGCUGGGCGAGCCUCGAGUGAUCAACGAGGGCGACACGUUGAAUCUUCUGAUUGAGGUGGACUCCGAGACCGAACCGACGGUCAAUUGGUACAAGGACGGUGAACUUUUGAGCGCGAGCGAUCGCGUAAAGAUGACAAAGAACGGUAACAAUCACAUACUCACGGUGAAUAACGCGGUGGUGGAGGAUGCGGCGUUCUACAAGGCCGAAGUGGUCAACAAACACGGAACUAUCGCGGACGAAACGAGAGUCAGGGUGCGCGGCAUACCGAGAUUCAAGACGAAACUGUGUGACAUCAGCGCGAAUGAGGGCGACCUGAACGUCGAAUUCGUAGUGGAGAUCGAGGGCUUCCCGAAGCCGAACGUACAAUGGUUCCUAGGCGAUGUAGAGAUCACAGAGAAGCGUACGGAGUACACUCGCGUAGAAGAGGGCGACAAUUACAAACUCAUCAUCAAGGAAGUGAAGACCGAGUUGAAGGGCCACUACACGUGCAAAGUGCACAAUGAGUACGGCGAGAACUCGAGCAGCUCGAAUCUGACGGUGAAUACGCGGCCGAAGUUGCUGAAGAAACUGGCGGAUCAGAGGUUGAAUGAAGGCGAGACGCUUACGCUGACGUUCGAAGUGUCCGCCACACCGGAUCCGGAGGUCAAGUGGUACAAGGACGGCGAAGAAGUGUCGGCGGACGCCAGGAUCAAGAUCACCAGGGACAGUCAGCGCAAGGAGAGCUACGAUCUGACGGUGACGUUGCUGAAGGGCUCGGACGGCGGCCUGUAUGAGGUGCGAGCCGAGAACGCACUGGGCUACGUCACCAGCAAGAGCAAAGUCAUCGUGCUAACUGAAACGGAAGACAAGCUCGACGAAAAGAUACAGCCGUCGAGGGAGAAGGCCGAGAAGGUGACGGUGCAGGAGGAGAAGACGCAGGCGAAGAAACUGACGGAGGAACAGGUGCCGCAGCAAUCGAGUCUGCUUGCCGAAGAGUCGGGAUCGGAAGGUCGCGUCACACUGGAGAGACAAAACGUCCAAGUAAUUCAAGGGGACAAUGAAACGAUCACAAUCUCCGUGGCCUCCACGACAUCUCACGAAGCUAUACUCACAGGUCCCGACGAAAGUCACACGAUCAGCAAGAUGACGGCAACCAAGGUCGAGUGCCGAGAGUUCGGUGUCAAUUCGGGACCCAGCGUCGAGGAGGUCGCUUCCUACGCUUAUACCGUGCAGGAGGAAAGCUCAAAGCCGCAGAACGGCGUGCUGAUCGAGGAGUUUUCGGAGACCGAGGAGAAACGGUCCAACUUGGCCGUCAAUCGGGGUGUCACGAUCGUGUCCGUGUCCGACGACGAAUCGACCCUGAAGGCGCUCUCGCGGGACGUCAGCACGGAGGACAUGCAGGCGGCUGAUUUGCCAGAGGAUCAACGAACGACGAACGGCUUCCUCGACGAGCCCUACUUCAACGGAACACCAGAGGACGUCAGACUGCACCGUGUCUCCAGAAUCACGGAGACCAUCGUCGAGGAGCGCUCUUCCGAGGAACCGUCGUCGGCGGUGUUGUCGAGCCAAACGCUGCAACGAGAAAGUCUCGACACGAAAAAGAUGAAUUUGCCCGGCCAAAGCGCGACGAUCAGCGACGUGAGUCCGGCGAAGAAAGUUGCUGAAGAAACUUUGGAGCAAUCACAGAGCGCGGCUGUAGCUCCUGGCGGCUUGUCGAAGGGAACCGCGAAGCUCGAGAAGGCGGAAGCUACGAAGACGUUGUCGAGCGAAACGUUGUCGCGACAGAGUUCUCAGAAAGCGCUCCUUGACGACGAUGACGAUGGGAUCGACGAAGAUAUGAAGAAGCUCCUAGCUCGUGUUAAACGGCAACGUAGCGAGCUAGACGAAAUUCUUGAUAAAGAGUCGGGCAGAGAAUCAGCACCGCCUCAUGUGUUGAGCACCAAUCUCACCGACCGAACGAUCUUCGAGACGCAGAACACGCAGUUCGAGGUGAAUGCCUCCGGUCUGCCGAGGCCGGACGUGAAGUGGCUGAAGGAUGGCAAACCUCUUCGAUCCGGCGAACGGGUGAGGAUCAGCACAUCCGGGGAGUUGUACGAGAUGGAUCUCAGCAAGGCUACUCUCGAGGACGAGGGUGUCUAUUCGUGCGUCUUGACGAACAAACUGGGCGAAGAAAUUGUGGAGGGUUAUUUGACCGUCGGUACGGUCGACGAUCUUCGCAAGCCGAGAUUCACUGAGCCUCUCAGUGACGUCGAUGUUGCGUUCGAGGCUAACGGAGAGUUCAAGGCUGUCUUUACGGCCGAUCCGGUUCCGGAUGUAAGAUGGUACUUCAAAGAUCAGGAGAUUCCGUCAGAUGAUUCUAGAAUCAAGUCUACCAUCGCUAACAGUCCGGCAGCGGACAAGUUGACAGAAAGUAAAGUUACGUUAAAGGUGCCGAAAUGCACCAAGGAAGAUACUGGGGAGUACAGCUUGAGAUUGAUAAACAAAUGGGGAGAUGCUGAGUCUAACGCGUUUCUGAGUCUUCUAUUGAAGCCGCAAAUCGACAGUUUCAAAGAUCACAGCGAGUCGGUUGAUGAACGGGUCGAGUGGCAAGCGAUCGUCAAGGCCAAUCCGAAACCCGUGGUUACAUGGAUGAGGGAUGGCACGGAGCUGCAGAAGGGCGAACGAUACGACAUGGAAGAGGAUAAGAGAAACUGCAAAUAUAAGCUCAUCAUCAAGAAGCUUAGUCUUGAAGACGGCGGCGCUUACACGAUUGUGGCGAAGAACUACCUGGGCGAAGUGAGUGCUCAGGCUACUCUGACACCUCACACCGAGGCUCCGACUUUCCUAAAAGGCCUCUCGAAGAUGCAGUGCAGCGAUCGCGAAGACAUCGAGCUGAAGAUCCGUGCGGUCGGUAUCCCGAGACCAAGCGUCAUUUGGCUGAAGAAUGGCGAGAUCAUCAAAGAGGACGAUCGGCAUCAGUUGGUUACUCACAUAGACGGCAUAGUGGACAGUAUCUUCUCCAUCAAGACCUUUUCCGCGGACGACGUCGGCACGUUCACGUGCCAGGCGAGCAAUGUCGCCGGUACCGCGCAAACCAACUGCGAUUUAACGUUGACGUUGACCGCACCUUCGUUCGGCCGACCACCCCUACCGAGGUCAAUGGAAGUCGACGAGGGCGAGCCGCUCGAGCUGAAAGCCAAAGUGGACGGUAGUCCGAUACCCAGCACCGCUUGGUUCAAGGACGGCGAGAGGAUCUGGCCAAAUGAUCACGUGAAAAUCACCACCUCACCGGACGGCACCACGAAACUCAUGAUCGACGUCGUGGAGCCCACCGAUUGUGGCGCUUACAAGCUGGUCAUCUCGAACUCCAGCGGAGAUAAUUCCUCACUCUGCGCUGUCGCUGUCACACCCUCACGUAGGAAACCGUCGUUUAUGAAGUCAUUGCAGAACAUGAAGGCCGUGGUUGGACAACCGCUGAAGCUGGAAGCUCAAGUCUUAGCAUUCCCGAAUCCGCAGGUGCAAUGGUUCAGGGACGGUAUACCGUUGAGACACACGAAAGAAAUGUAUUUCAUAAAUGAGCCAAACGGUCUGAUCGGCUUGAAGAUCGACUACGUACGUCCGGAGGACGCGGGCACUUACUCCUUGAUUGUGUCCAACGCACUUGGCGAAAUCACUGGUACGGCUAAGAUAGAAGUGGAGGAGAGAGAGAAGAGGCCGGAGUUCGUCGCGAGCCUUCAGCCGCAAACCGCUGUCGAAGGUUUCCCAGUGAAGAUGGAGGUGAAAACUGUCGGAAAACCAGCUCCCGAGCUCAAGUGGCUGCGAAACGGCGACGAGAUUGUUCCUGACAACACGCACAUAAAGAUCACCAGCCAACCGGACGGCAGUCAUGCGUUGAUUCUCGAUAAGGCGACGCCAGAGGACAUAGGCGAAUAUCAAGUAGUAGCCGGUAACACGGAGGGCACCGCGUCCUGCAAAGCUAAACUGGACGUAGUUAGUAAGACCAGACCGGACACGCCAGAGGAAAAGCCAGCCUUCACCGGUCCUAUGCGCGAUGUGAUCGUUGAAGAAGGUCAGCCAUUGACGUUGGAUGUGUCGUUUGUCGGUAAUCCCAUGCCCGACGUGAGCUGGACAAAGGAUGGCGAACCUGUGAAGCCCUCGGAACGCGUGAUGAUGAGUUGCGACGGCAAGAAAGUUGGUCUGGAAAUCAAACCGUGCGAUGUCAAGGACGCAGGUGCCUACAGCUGCCGGCUGAGCAAUCCACUCGGCGAAGACACCACCGGCGCGAACGCUAUAGUCAGGAAAGUCUACCAGUCACCGUCCUUCACGCAGAGGUUCACGGAUCUACAGCAACUGCCUACCUACGACGCCAAGUUUCCAGCGCGCAUCACUGGUAUACCACAUCCUGAGGUCACCUGGUAUUUUAACGACAAGCCAAUUUUGAAGGACAACGACAAGUACAAGAUCAAACAUGAUGGUGAUGCUUAUUGUUUGUACGUGAAGAACUGCACCUACGACGACUCAGGUCGAUAUAGGUGUAGAGCGGUCAACAAAGGCGGCGAGGCUGAAUGUGUGGCAAACUUGGCUGUAGUCGAUAAGAUUGAGAAGAAGCAGAAAAUCGAGCCACCAACGUUCCUGAAGAGGAUCGGCGACUGCGAGGUUUACAGAGGUAUGCCCGCCAAAUUCACCGCGUGCGUCACCGGAUACCCGGAGCCGGACUUCGAGUGGUAUCGCAACGGCGAUCGACUCUGGCCCACCGAUCGCAUCAGGAUGGAUCAGGAGGGUAGUUUGUUGCGAAUGACAAUUGCUAACGCGGACGAGUUGGAUGCCGGCAAGUACGUACUGAGGAUUUCCAAUCCUCACGGUGAAGACUCCUGCAGCGCCGAGAUGAUUUACGAAUCUCUGGAACCACGCACGAAGAAACCUCUCGCCGAUCAAUACGCUGAUUUCGACAAGUAUCGAAAGUCCGGUGUUCCGCUGCCAUUGUCGGACCGUCCGAUCAUCAGCCGUAUGAUGGACCGCCAUCUCACCCUCUCCUGGAAGCCGUCCAUUCCGAUCGGGCCGCGAAUGCCGGUAACGUAUCUGGUGGAGAUGUGCGAGCUGCCAGACGGUGACUGGUUCACCGCGCGCAGUGGCAUUCGUAGCUGCGUCUGCGACAUCCGCAACCUCGAGCCGUUCCGCGACUACAAGUUCCGCAUUCGCGUGGAGAACAAAUACGGCAUAAGUGACCCGUCGCCCUUCGCGCAAACCUACCGCGCCAAACUGGAGCCGGAGCCACCCAAGUUCUUCCCUUACUUGCCACCUGGUAUCGACUUCCGACCUGAGACCAGUCCUUACUUCCCGAAGGACUUCGACAUUGAGCGACCACCCCACGACGGUUACGCUCAGGCGCCCAAAUUCCUGCGUCAGGAGUAUGACACCCAGUACGGCGUGAAGAAUCACAACGUCAACCUCUUCUGGUUUGUCUACGGUUACCCCAAGCCGAAGAUGACAUAUUACUUCAACGAUCAACUGAUCGAAUCGGGCGGUCGAUACGACCAGAGCUAUACCAGAAAUGGCCAGGCGACUCUCUUCAUCAACCGAAUGCUCGAGAGGGACGAGGGUAUGUAUGAGGCUGUCGCUACAAACGAGCACGGCGAAGCCAGGCAGAGAAUUGUCUUGAAGAUCGCCGAGUACCCCACGUUCAUCGAGAGACCUGAUGAAACUAUUGUGAUGGUGAGGAGAACUGGCCAGUUGGUCGCCCGCGUCACCGGUGUACCUUACCCAGAGCUGAAGUGGUACAAGGAUUGGAAGCCUAUAGCUUCAUCUUCCAGAAUCAGGAUUCAAUUCACCGAACCCGAUACUACGACUCUCAUCAUCAACGAGGCUAUGACGAAGGACGAAGGCCUUUACUCGAUUAGCGCGGGGAACGUGGCUGGAUCAAUAUCCUGUUCGGUAAUACUUCACGUGGAGGAGAACGAGCACGAAUACGGAUAUAGAACGUACAAGAAGAAGAUGGAUGUGCAGCCGCGCGACAAGCCGUUCGGCGAUUUCUACGAUUUGGGUGAUGAGCUCGGCCGCGGCACGCAGGGUGUCACCUAUCACGCGGUCGAGAGGAACACCGGUAGAAAUUACGCUUCCAAGAUUAUGCACGGAUAUGGUGAUCUCAAGCCGUUCAUGUAUAACGAGAUGGAAGCGAUGAACAACCUGCAUCAUCGCAAACUGCUGCGGCUGCACGAUGCUUUCGAGACUAACGAUUCGGUUACGCUCGUCAUGGAACUAGCGGCUGGUGGAGAAUUAGUGGACACUCUCACGAGACAAGAAUAUUAUACCGAAAUAGAUAUCGCUCGUUACAUACGCCAACUGUUAUGGGGACUGGAAUACAUGCACGGAAAUCAUUACGCGCAUCUUGGUUUGACGCUCGGUGAUCUCCUGAUCUCCCACGCCGGUGGGGACGACCUGAAAAUCGGCGACUUCGGACUCGCUCGUAGAAUCUCGCAAAUGAAGCUGAUGACUUUAGCGUAUGGUAUGCCGGAAUAUGUCGCACCAGAAGUGACCAAUAACGAAGGCGUCAGUUACCCCGCGGAUAUGUGGUCCGUCGGCAUAAUUACCUAUAUCUUGCUGUCGGGUAUUUCACCGUUUAGAGGUGCGCACGACCGCGAGACAUUGAUGAAGAUCAGAGCCGGCAAAUGGGACUUCGACGAUCGGUGGAAGCACAUAUCGAACGAGGCACAGGACUUCAUCCGCAGUCUGCUCAUGUACAAUGUUGAGACGAGGAUGGAUGUCAAAACUGCUUUGGCUCACCCGUGGUUCAACUACAUCGACAAUUUGCCACCGGAACCUCACAGAAUACCUUCCGAGAAUUUGAAGAAUUAUUAUAAACUUUACCGCGAUUGGUACAACAAUGCUUCUUGCCGCACGUGGUAUCGCAGGCGCAAGUUGGAGACCGCGUUUGAACAUCCGUCGCGAAUGGUGUAUCCACCAGGACACAAAUUCACGCCUGAGCCCAGUACCGACAGGAGUUACAGCCCGUUGAAGAAGCCCUCGACCAGGACAUGGGAGAAUCAAGUGCCAUCGAGGGAACCGAUCGACACGGAGAUCGGAAUUAUCAAGAGCGAAAGCCAUUACCAAAACGGACCGGAUACGUACCUCCUUCAGCUGCGAGACACCGAUUUCCCCGUCCGACUACGCGAAUACAUGAAAGUUGCUUGCAAUCGCAGCCCCGGAUUUUCGCGCUCUAUUACUGAAGACAAUGGCUUCGAUUGGAGGGCACCGAUUAUUCGGGAACGUCGGCGAUUCACGGACGUCAUGGACGAGGAAAUUGACGACGAGAGGCGAGAGCGCAUCAAUCGGUACGGAUCGGCGGAUACGUAUACGCUCAGGCGAUUGAAAAACGAGCUGGGUACUCGACUGGACAGUUACGCUGAGGCCGAAGCAAUGAUUGGGUCGAAGAAGGAGGGUCAGCCGCCAUUCUUUCGCGAGAAGCCGCAGAUCUGCCCGAUCGAGGAGGGAAAGUCAGCGCAGCUUGUCUGCCUCGCUGUGGGCGAUCCGAAGCCGCUGAUACAGUGGUUCAAGAACGACAUGGUCAUACAGGAGAGCAAUCGGAUCAAAGUGACAGAGGACACAGAGGGAAGAUCUAUAUUUACUUUUAACCCUACGAAAGAGCACGAUAUUGGCAUAUAUAAGGUCGUGGCGAGAAAUCCGAUAGGACAAACAGCUGUUAGAACGAGGGUGCUGUUGGCAACGGUUCCUUUCGGCCCGGAUUCCCCAGAGGCUUCCGAUGUGUCGGACACCGAAGUACUUCUGCGAUGGAAACAGCCCAAGUAUGACGGCAAUUCGGCCGUGUUGUGCUACAAUCUUCAAUAUAAGGAGGGUGACUCAAUUGCCUGGAUAGACGUCGGCUCGAACAUCGACCACGAGUUCUAUCUGGUGCGUAACCUGAAGCAGGACACAAGCUACAACUUCCGUCUGGCAGCGCGCAACCGCAUCGGCUGGAGUGAGAAAGGCAUCCCGUCAAAGCUGAUCAAGACUCGGCCGCCAGGUUGUCCGAAGGUGCAAAUAACGCGCGCAAUGAGGCAUCUCCAGGAGUUUACUGAAGCCGGCCACGAGAUCGUUUUGGAAGAGGACAAACAGCACAUUGACUACUCCGUAGAGGAGCGGCCGAUUGAGUGGUCAGAGGAGCCUCAGUUGUCCAGCAAAUACAGUUUUAUUUCGGAGCUAUCGCGCGGCCAGUUCUCCGCGGUGGUAAAGGGCUUGGACAAGAGCAACGAUCGCGUGAUCGUCGCCAAGAUCCUCGAGCUGAAUGCCGAGACGGAGAAGCAAGUGAAUCGGGAAUACGAGGCAUUGCGUUCGCUGCGACAUGAGAGAUUGGCAAUGUUAGAGACGGCGUAUAAGGUCCCUGGCUCGCCGAUCGUGAUGUUCGUCAUGGAGAAGCUCCAAGGCGCCGAUAUACUCACCUACUUCUCCAGCAGACACGAGUACACGGAGAAUUGCGUGGCGAACGCCGUCACGCAGAUUCUCGACGGUUUGCAGUACUUGCACUGGCGAGGCUAUUGCCACCUAGAUAUCCAGCCGGACAACGUGGUGAUGUCGUCCGUGAGGUCGGUGCAAGUGAAGCUGGUUGACAUGGGCUCCGCUCACAAAGUCAGCAGGCUAGGCACAGCGGUACCGAAGCAGCUCGGCCAUCACGAAUACAGAUCGCCUGAGUUGCACAACGAUGAACCGGCCUAUCCUCAGACGGAUAUCUGGAUGGUCGGUGUGUUGACCUACGUGUUGUUGUCUGGGGUCUCGCCUUUCCGCGGCAAGGACGCGGAUGAGACUCGACAGAACAUAUCCUUCGUCAGGUACAGAUUCGAGUAUCUUUACAAGGAGCUGAGUCAGGAGGCCACGAGGUUCCUCAUGUUGGUCUUCAAGCGCGCACCAAGUAAAAGACCAAUGACAGAAGAGUGCCACGAUCACAGAUGGCUAUUGCCAACCGAUUAUAUGAUCAAGAAACGCGAGAGGGCUGUGUUCCUAGGUAACAGGCUGAAAGAGUACAAUGAGGAAUAUCACGAGGAAAAAUCAAAACUAGCUUCCGAGAGCGACAGUCUAGCGAGCGAAAGCCUGUUGGGCUCCAAGCAGAAGCUCAUCAGAUCGACCAGUAUACAAGAAGAGCUACGCACCACGUUUUAA